AUGCCCUCAGAAUUUAUUGGCUCGCUGGUGUCUAUAGACUGUGGGCAGCUUGGAGCCUAUCAGGGCCGUGUUGUAAAUAUUGACCCAGUUAUGAACACACUAACUAUUUCCCAUGCUUUUCGUAAUGGACUUUGCUGUGACCAGCCUGAGAUCAGUUUAAGCUCCACAGCCAUUCUUGAUAUCAGAAUUAUCCAUGCAUCCCAAGAGGCACAGGAGAUCAUAGCCAGAAAAGCUACCCCUUCGAAGAUGACCAAAGAGAUUGACGAAGUGACCAGACCAACCUGUGCCUUGCCUGUGAAGAUAAUCAAAGCCACUUCAAAGGUGCAGCCAGCUUCAUCAGGUUGUGGAGUCAACCAUUUAGACCUGGCUUAUAAUAAAAGUGGCUGCAGCCGCAGAGUCUCACCUACAAGUGUUCCAUCUAAAUUUCAUGAGUUGAGUUCAGAGCCUUUGGGUCGGCGAGCACGUGUCAGCAAAAGUGCAAACAGAGAGUCAUCAGAAUAUGUCGCCACUGACAUAGGUAACAUAGCAGACCAUCGUGGGAGGAAGACAAAUGCAGUAAAGAAAAGUGAUAAAAACAUUGAGUGCUUUCAUGCUCCAGCCAAACCGUUCAAACAGGAAUUUGAUUUUGAGUCAAACCUAGCUCUUUUUGAUAAAAAGGUAGUGUUCCGAGAAAUUGAGCAUAGGCUUCAUGAUGUCCAACUGGAGUCUGACCCCAGGGAUCGAAGAUACAGACAUGAUGAAAAUGUGCUGCAGCCCAGGGAAGACAACUCAACACGUAUGAAAAAGAUACAACAGCCAGACAGUCCAUACACAAAUUGUCAAUUAUAUUUUACAGAUACAGGCCUGGCUGUCCCAUCCAUCAGUGUAGAAGUGAGAGAAAAAGUGUGUGACACAGCCUCACAGUGUGGACUGACUCAUCCCAGGCUGCUUGAAGCAUAUGGGAGAGGAGCCAGUGAAAUGGCAAUUCACUUGAUUGGGGGAAGUCACAGAAUACAUCCUAAAAACGGCCAUCAGGUACCGGCUGUGGUUGUACUUUGUGGUCUUCAUGACACUGGGGCUCUGGGCGCUUGUUGUGCACGUAACUCUGCAAAUAUCCCUGUCACUCUCUCACAGGAGAUAGAGUUAUACAAGUUAACAGGGAACCGACUUAUUCAUAAUGUUACAGACUUGCCAAGUACCAUAGACUUAAUUGUGACAGCGCUGGAUUCGCCAGCCAGCCCAGCCUACAGCCAGCUGCCCUGGUACCAAAGUAUUGUUGCCCACAUUAAAACCAGUGAUAUCAGAGCUCAAAUGCUAGCCUUAGAUCCACCGUCUGAAGGCCCAGGCAUUGCUGCCAGGUGGAGCCUGUGUAAAGUGUUGCCACUACAUCAUAUGGCUUCCACGUGUGGAAGCUUGUACCUCUGUGAUCUCAGCAUUCCAUCUGCCAUAUUUAACAAAUGUGGUAUCACAUAUUUAUCACCUUUUGGAUCCAAGUUUGUUAUUCCUCUCUAUGGCAAAGACUAG